ACGAAAUCAAAUGAAAAUUAUAGUUGAAAACAAUCGUUAAACAUUUUAACAACAACACAGACCUAAAAAAAAACUAUUCAAAAUGUUCAAAUUGGUGGUGUUGUCUGCUCUUCUUGCCGUUGCAUUCGCUGCACCAAAACCUGGAUAUUUGCAUGCUGCACCAUUAGCUUAUGCUCAUGCACCAGUUGUUGCUGUACCAGCUGCCGUUAGUCAUCAAUCACGUGUGGACAUCCACAGUAAACCAUUGAUUGCCACAUACGCUGCUGCUCCAUUGGUUCAUGCUGCACCAUUAGCAUAUGCUGCUCCAUUAGCAUACGGACAUGGUCAUGGUGCUUACUCAGCAUACUCAACCAGUGUUAUUGGACAUCCAGCAUUAGUUGCAUCUCCACAUUAUGGUGCAUACGGUGUUCAUCCAUAUUAAGUAAAUUUUUUUCAACUAUAAUUUAUUUUCUUGUGAUUUUUUGUU